AUGGCUACCGAAGACAAGAAGAAGGAUAUUCUCGAUUGGGUUGAUCCCAAGGACAAGUCUGGAGAGUUCAAGAGACAACAAUCCACCUUCCGUGAUUUCAUCAAGAACGAGCCAGGUGCAGAGUUCCCUGCCGAGAAAGGCAGAUACCAUCUCUAUGUCUCAUAUGCAUGCCCCUGGGCACACCGUGCUCUAAUCGUCCGUAAGCUCAAGGGUCUUGAGGAUAUCAUCUCUUACACUUCUGUCCACUGGGAGAUGCUCGAGAAGGGCUGGAGAUUUGCCAAGCCUGACGAAGGUGUUCCCGGAGACAACACCACACCCGAUCCUCUGCACGAAGGCUAUACUCAUCUUCGGGAUAUCUACUUUGAGAACAACAAGGACUAUGAAGGUCGCUUCACUGUACCUACUCUCUACGACAAGAAGCAAAAGCGCAUCGUCAACAAUGAGAGUAGUGAAAUCAUCAGAAUGAUGUAUCACGCAUUUGACGAUCUGGUUGCCGAGAAGUUCAAGAAUGUGGAUCUUCUCCCUUCAGACCUCGAAAAGCGUAUCGACGAGACCAAUGAGUGGACUUACAAUGAUAUCAACAACGGUGUCUACAAGUCAGGCUUUGCCACAACACAAGAGGCCUACGAGAAGAACGUCAAGACUUUGUUCAAGUCGCUGGAUCGCGCAGAGGAGGACCUUGCCAAAUCUGGCGGUCCCUACUAUCUAGGCGACAAGCUAACCGAGCUCGAUGUGCGCCUCUACACAACCAUCAUCCGGUUCGAUGCCGUCUACGUUCAACACUUCAAGUGCAACAUCCGUGACAUCCGCAGUGGCUACCCUAACCUACACAAGUGGGUGCGUAACCUGUACUGGAACCACGAUGCCUUCAAGAGUACCACCGAGUUCACUCACAUCAAGUGCCACUACACAAAAUCGCACAAGCAGAUCAAUCCGUUCUCGAUCACGCCUGUCGGUCCAGUGCCAGACAUUCUUCCUCUCGAUCAGGAUGUGCCCGCAGCUGCUGCUGCCAUCCGUACGACAAACCAGUAA